GAAUGUAUGGCACGAGUCGUAACGUUUCAGUUUUCAAUUCGUCAUCAAAUGAAUACACCUAAUGAUCGUAUUUUCUAAAAAUAAGGUGUCAUACUUUGUUUCAUAUCAACCUGAACAAAUGAGAAACGAAUACAGUUUAUACUCUACACUACCGACUGUUGACAUUAAACUGUGGGCAUUAAGGGAACAUUAGCUAUAGCAUUAGGUUACAUUUUCAAAAAUGUACAAAUUUCACGAGGUUAUAACCAAUGCCACAUUAAAUUAAUAGUUUUCUGAAUGAAGUUAUGUAUGGCGCCCUCUCAUGCCAGAGAGCGGGAUGUAUUUGGACAUUGUAGAUCCCUCGUGGUCUGUACACAACACAGAGACCUAACAGGACAGGAGGAGGACAUGGUGUCACCGUCAAAAGUUGUACCGAGUAUUUUUGACACGGAUAACAGAAAGGAAACCUAAGUAUCAUCCUAACUACAAACAUCAGCGAGGACUGCAGCCAUGGACCCUUUCAAACAACAGAGAGUGGAGGAUUUCUAUGAAAUCGGUGAAGAGUUGGGAAGUGGCCAGUUUGCCAUCGUGAAGCAAUGCAGAGAGAAAAGUACGGGUUUGCAAUUCGCUGCCAAGUUCAUCAAGAAGCGGCAGAGCAUUGCCAGUUCUCGAGGAGUACGGCGGGAGGAGAUAGAGCGGGAAGUGUACAUCCUGCAGCAGAUCCAGCACCCCAACAUUGUCACGCUACACGACGUCUAUGAGAACCGCACUGAUGUGGUGCUCAUCCUGGAGCUGGUCUCUGGAGGGGAGCUGUUUGAUUUCUUGGCGCAGAAGGAGUCUCUGAGCGAGGAGGAGGCCACUCAAUUCAUCAAGCAAAUCCUCGAGGGGGUAAACUACCUCCACGCCAGGAAAAUCGCCCACUUUGAUCUCAAGCCUGAAAACAUUAUGCUCCUGGACAAGAACGUACCGCUUCCGAGAAUCAAACUGAUUGACUUUGGUCUGGCUCACAAGAUUGAAGCUGGGGUUGAGUUCAAAAACAUCUUUGGGACACCUGAGUUUGUUGCACCGGAGAUUGUCAACUAUGAGCCACUGGGAUUAGAAGCAGACAUGUGGAGCAUCGGGGUCAUCACCUACAUCCUGCUGAGCGGUGCCUCACCUUUCCUGGGGGAGACCAAACAGGACACACUGGGCAACAUUUCAGCCAUAAACUAUGAGUUUGAUGAAGAGUUCUUCUGUCAUACCAGCGAGCUGGCCAAGAAAUUCAUCAGCCAGUUGCUGGAGAAAGAUAAGAAGAAAAGAUUAACAAUUCAAGAUGCUCUCAAUCACCCGUGGAUCAAGUCCAAUGAGCACAAGGAGGAAAAUAAAGCCCAGGAGCCAAAGAAACGAGAGCGGCGCCAGCUGAAGACCAAGCGCCUCAGGGAGUACACUAUCAAGUCGCACUCGAGCAUGCCACCCAACAACACCUAUGUAAACUUUGAGCGCUUCGCCCAGGUGGUGGAGGACAUUGACCAGAUGGAAAGCUCGUUUGUUAGCCUGGCGGUAGCCCACGACUCUCUGCAGGAAGAUAUCGAUGCCAUGGUCUCUAUAUACAAUGAAAAGGAGGCCUGGUACAAGGAGGAGAGUGAGGAAGUGCGCCACGACCUCUCGCAAAUCCGCUAUGAGUUCCGUAAGGUGGAGGCCUUGAAGAGGAGCCUGCAGGAUGACAUGCAGGCCUUCAGCUGUGGUCUCAGUGCCAUCAGCAGCCGCUACCAGGAGAGACAGAACCACUUUGAUGCACUGCGCUUUGAGCUUAGCAACGAGCUGAAAUGGGUGCAGGAGGAGAUGAGCUCAUUUCCCAUGGAUGGAGGCGGUGGAGGGUACCCCAACUGCAACUUCUCCACUGUCUUCAAUAAUGACGUGAAUGAAGCCCUGAAAGAGCUGCUGAACCGUUCCUGUGGAGGAGAGCUGAUGUCUGGGAUCAACUUGGACUUUACUGAAACUGGACAGCAAAGAUAAAUGCCUAGUACUGCGCAGUUCUUUAAAGGUCCCAUAUUGUAUAAAGGUAGAUGUCCAUGUCUUUUUUGAUUAUAAAGCAGGUCUAGGUUCUAUAUUAAUACUGUGAAAGUAUCAAAGCGCUCAGUCCACAGAGAAAUGCACGCAGCCUGUAUUCAGACAAUGAGCUUUAAAACCAGCCGUCAGGACUUUUGUAACUUUGUGAUAUCACAACAAAGCAGUCACCAAGCCCCGCCCACCUGGACCCACCAUCCAACCUUUCAUGAUUUGGUUUCUCUGAGCCAAUCAGAAGAGAGGCUCAGAGCCUCCUCUCUUCUGAUUGGCUCACUGACAUGUUGUUACUAGAGCUCCAGAGAGAAGGCAGAGAGAGGAGAUGUAAAACUACACUGAGAUGGUUUUGGGUUCUUUGAACCACAAAUAUAUCUUAUGGAUCAACAUUUAAUAAAACACAGGGAAAGUGUAAAAUAUGGGACUGUUAAAAAACAUUCAAUGUCACAGCAGUGACUAGUGAAGGUGCAGGAGGGAGGCCUGUGUCAGGCCCUAAAGGAGAAUAAAAUUUACACAAACAGAAGUAGAAGUAUUAUCUUACUUUUUGCAAGCAAAUUCUAAUACAUAUUAUGCUGAAAAAAAUAAUAUGGACAAAAAACUGUAUCCUCACACACAGUGCCAUGUUCAACAGUAGGUUCUGUGCAUAAUUUUUAGGGGUCCAAGCAGCAAAUACUUUAAUAUAAGAUUAUAUCUCAGAAUCGGCUCAAUGUAUUCUGUCCAGGCAUAAAGUUUGGUAAUGUACCACAUUUCAGGCAAAGGACAGCAACAAAGGAUAAUUAAACUGUCUAUUUCUGCAGAACAUUUAUUAUCAUUUUGUACACUAAUUAUUGAUCAUAGUUAGUGUUGCAUUAUAUUUGGCUUUGCUUGAUAUUUAUGUGACAUUUCAGGCCUAAGUAACCUUUUCCUUGUAUAAAUGAGUAAUGAGUAUUUUCACAAAGCCAAUAGCUUUUUAGAAAGGGUAGAAAAUGAUUAAAAGAUUAGUGUUUGCUUGCAUCCACCCCAUAUAUAUACACACAUAAAUUAUAUAUACACAUACAGUAUAUAUAUGUGUGUAUGUACUGUAUAUGUGUCUGUGUAUAUGUCAAGAGAAUAUACAGUGUUUUACCACCCUCUCACCUCCA